AUGCCGACGCCGGUGAAGUCGGUUCUCCCCGUGGUGCUCCUCGGCUGCGGCGGCGUCGGCCGCUACCUCCUCCGCCACAUCGUCUCCUGCCGUCCCCUCCACGCCAAUCAGGGCGUGGCCAUCCGGGUGGUGGGCGUCGCCGAUAGCUCCUCCCUGCUCGUCGCCGAAGAUGUCCACUCCACUGGACUCGAUGACGCGCUCCUCACCCAGCUCUGCGCCGCCAAGUCCUCCGGCUCUCCCCUCUCCUCCCUGCUCGGCCGAGGGCACUGUCAGCUGUUCAAGAACCCUGAGGCCAGGGUCAAAGUCAUAGACGCCGCUACCACACUUGGAAGAACAACUGGUCUGGUGCUAGUUGACUGUUCUGCCACUUAUGACACUGUUAGUCUGCUGAAAGAUGCUGUGGAUCAUGGAUGCUGUAUUGUAUUGGCAAACAAGAAACCUCUUACCGGUGCUUAUGAGGAUUUUCAGAAGUUGGUCUCCAACUUCCGUCGGAUAAGAUUUGAAUCUACUGUUGGAGCAGGUUUGCCUGUGAUAGCUUCUGUAACCCGUAUUUUUGCAUCUGGAGAUCCUAUUUCUCGUAUUGUUGGCAGUUUGAGUGGUACACUUGGGUAUGUGAUGAGUGAGCUUGAGGAUGGAAAGAAAUUUAGUGAAGUCGUAAAAAAUGCCAAGUCUCUUGGCUAUACAGAACCAGAUCCACGUGAUGAUCUUGGUGGAAUGGAUGUGGCUAGAAAGGCGUUGAUCCUGGCUAGGCUUCUGGGGCAACAGAUAAGCAUGGAGAAUAUCAAUGUUGAGAGUUUAUUUCCCAGUGAAUUAGGACCUGAUGCAGUGUCCACAAAAGACUUCCUUGAAAGUGGUUUAGUGCAACUUGACAAGAGCAUGGAAGAAAGAGUCAAAGCAGCAUCUUUGAGAGGAAAUGUUCUUCGCUACGUCUGUGAGAUUGAAAGCACAGGGUGCCAAGUAGGCCUUAAAGAGCUCCCAAAGGAUUCUGCACUGGGUAGAUUGAGGGGGAGUGACAAUGUGGUGGAGAUAUACAGCAGAUGUUACCAGAGCUCCCCUCUGGUGAUCCAGGGCGCAGGAGCUGGCAACGACACCACUGCCGCCGGCGUCCUUGCUGAUAUAACUGACCUCCAAGACCUGUUCCAGACGACGGCAUGA